AUGGCAGACGCAGGAUUUACCCCAGUCUCUAGACGUAAAAGCAAAGGCAAGGGGAAUCAACCCUCCGCUUCGACCGAGAACCCCAUCGCCAAGAUCAAGAAGGGCAAAGCGGCGGAGAAGGUAGACGCCGAGCUACUCGAUGAGCGGGAUCACUUGGGAGCUGGUGCAGAAGAAGAUGAGAAGGAGGAUGGCAAUGAUGACGACCUGAUGCUAGAUGACGGCCUGGCUCACGCAAGCGCCAGUUCGUCAAGCGCUUCUGCAAGUGCAGUACAACCUCCAGCAGCAUCAGCAUCCUCAGCCCCGAUUGCAGGAGACGGAGAGAUGGAUGUAGACGUGCCCAAAUUCGCACCGAUCAGCAAAGCUGCGCAGGCUGCCGCGACGCAGCAAGCACAAGUGACGAACGGGCAGUUGCGCAAGAUACCUAUCCCGCCUCAUCGCAUGACGCCGCUCAAGAACGACUGGGCCAAGAUUUUCUCUCCGCUCGUCGAGAUGGCCGGGCUGCAAGUUCGAAUGAAUGUCAAGCGCAGAAUGGUCGAGAUCAAGGCGUCGAAGCACACCAAGGAAGUCGGCAUGCUGCAAAAGGGAGCCGAUUUCGUCAAGGCGUUCGCGCUGGGCUUUGAGGCGGACGAUGCCAUCGCCUUGCUCCGAAUGGACGACCUUUUCGUCGAUACUUUUGAGAUCAAGGACGUCAAGACGCUGCAUGGAGAUCAUUUGGCCCGCGCCAUCGGUCGUAUCGCCGGCAAGGACGGGCGAACGAGGUUUGCGAUUGAGAACGCCAGCAGGACGCGUGUCGUGCUUGCGGAUACAAAAAUCCACAUUCUGGGAUCUUUCCAAAACAUCAAGAUUGCCAGAGAUGCAGUGGUCGCACUCAUCAUGGGUAGCCCGCCUGGCAAAGUGUACAACAACCUCAAAGUCAUCAGCGCCCGUCAGCGCCAGCGCGCUUGA